UUCAGUUGAUUAAUUUUUCAUAUAAGAGCUAUUCCUUUUUAUGGGAAAAAACAUCGGUUUCAUUGCGCUUCGCUAAUUUUGCCGUAGAUUAAAAAAUUCAAUCUAUCGAUUUCAGAUUUCCCAAAUUUGUUCAAGUAUAAAUCGGUAUCUACUACUCUUAGCUUUAGCUAAAACCUGACAAGACCUCAUUCGAGAGUCGCCUUCUUUCAAUUAUAAUUAUUUCCAUCUUUCAACUUUUGACGCGCAAUGCAAGAAGAUUUUGAAUUUCCACGACCUGACUCUUCGAAGUCACUGGUGGAGCCUGGAGCUGCUCAGAGGAGGGAGCAGAGAGAAAGGGAGAAGAACGUGGAGGCCCAGCAGGAUGACGAGGAGUACAAACCCAAACAAUUCUGCACACUCGGAAAGAAAGUUCUCUACACGAUCUGGCGCACCCGUCUGACCCUGCCGGAGGAUUCCACGAGGGAGGCAGUGAUCAGGACCACCCUGCGAGAACUGGUCGUCUACUGUCUAUUCCUCUCCAUCCUGUGUAUAAUGACGUAUGGCAUGGUGUCAUCUACCAUGUACUACUUCACGGCUGUCCUCAUGAAUCUGUUCCUGGAUUCAUCCGCCACCGGAUCCACCCUCACCUUCAGAGACGUCAACUCCAUCGACUACUUCUGGCAGUAUGUGGAGGGACCCCUGUUGAAUGGACUCUACUGGGAGGAAUGGUACAACGGGGAGGAAUUGGCAGACGAUGAGAAGGGAUACAUCUACUACGAAAACAAAAUCAUGGGUCUCGCCAGACUCAGACAGGUUAAAGUGAGAAACGACACUUGUGACAUUCCGGCUGACUUCGAGAACGAGAUCAAGGAGUGCUUCGCCGCAUAUGCUCCAGCAAACGAAGACAUAUCCGACUUCGGGCUUGGCAACGGCACUGCCUGGACAUAUUCCACCUCGGCAGAGUUGGAUGGUGCAACUGAUUGGGGAACCCUGACCAAGUACGAGGGCGGUGGAUACUACCAGGACCUCCCCCCUCUCAGGGCAGAUGCGGAACAGGUGAUUCAAGAGUUGAAGUCGGGUUUGUGGGUCGACAGGGGCACCAGAGCAAUCUUCAUAGACUUCACUGUCUACAACGCAAACAUCAACCUCUUCUGUGUCAUUACUCUUCGUCUGGAGUUCCCACCGACGGGUGGUGCGAUUCCUUCGUGGCAGUUCCGAACUGUGAAGUUGAUCCGCUACGUGUCCGCAUUCGACCGCUUCGUGUACCUAUGUGAAGUGCUGUUCAUCCUCUUCAUCAUCUACUACAUUAUUGAAGAGGUCCUUGAAAUCCAGAUCCACAAGAUCAACUACUUCAGGGGCUUCUGGAACAUUCUGGACAUCGUCAUCAUCGCGCUGUCGAUGGUGGGAAUUGUGUACUCGAUCUACCGAGAGCGAACAGUGCAGAGCAAACUGGAGACUCUGAUUGCGAACAGCGACACCUACGGCAACUUCUACUGGCUCGGAUACCUCCAGACCCAAUUCAACAAUGCACUGGCCGUCGUCGUGUUCUUCGCUUGGGUGAAACUGUUCAAGUAUAUCAGCUUCAACAAGACCAUGACUCAGCUUCAGACUACACUGAGCAGAUGUGCGAAAGAUAUUGCGGGAUUCCUGGUGAUGUUUUUGAUUGUGUUCUUGGCCUAUGCACAGUUGAGCUACCUGGUGUUCGGAACCCAAGUCAAGGACUUUUCCACAUUCAAGAACUGCAUUUUCACUCUGUUCCGAAUCAUCCUGGGUGACUUUGACUUCUAUGCCCUGGAGGCGGCCAACAGAGUCCUCGGUCCCAUCGUGUUCUUGACUUAUGUGUUCUUCGUUUUCUUCGUCCUCCUCAACAUGUUCCUCGCCAUCAUCAACGACACCUACUCCGAGGUGAAGGCAGACUUGGCGAGCCAGAAAAGCGAGAUUGAGAUCUCAGACUAUUUCAAGAAGGGGCUGAACAAGGCAGUGGCGAGACUGACUUUCAAGCACGACAGACUGGCCGACAUCCAGAAGGCCAUCGGCAAGGCAGACAUCAACAACGACAACAGACUCGACUUCAACGAGUGGAGGGCGGAGCUGAAGAAGAACGGACACAGUGACGCCGAGAUCAGGGCCAUGUUUGCAGAGUACGAUGUUGAUGCGGAUGGAGUGUUGAGUGCGGAGGAGCAGAGACAGAUGCAGGCAUGUCUGGAGGGACAGAAGGACGAACUGCAGAGGGAGAUCCAGGAUGCCAAGCAGACUGGCCCCGAUGACGAGGAAGGAAGACCCAAGUCCAGAGGCAGAUCCGCAAGAAGUGGAGACGGGGAUGAGGAUGACGAGAGCGAGAGUGGCUCGGACGAUGACAGUUCCCUCCGAGGUGCCAGUCGGGGUGGAGGAGGGGGAGGCAGUCACAGUGGAGGCGGCAGAGGUGGAGUGCCGAAGGAGGAGUUCAACGUGUUGGCCCGCAGAGUGGACAGGAUGGAGCACUCUAUUGGCAGCAUUGUGAGCAAGAUAGACGCCGUGUUGGUGAAGUUGGAGGCGAUGGAGAAGAUGAGGCUGAAGAGGAAAGAGACGAUGGGAAAACUGUUGGACCACCUCAACGAGCAACAGAAUCCAGACAAUGAGCAGAUGGAGCAGCUGGUGCGCCAGGAGCUGGAACAGCUGGAUGCAGACAAGUUGUCAGUGUCCAACGGUAGCCAGAUGGGCCAGAGUGCCAAUAACAGUGGUGGAUUCCAGUCGAAGUCCCCCUCCGCCCUCAGCCGACGAUCCCGCGUCUCCCCCGCCCCACCCGCUGACCAGUAAAAAGGAAGGCAGGAGAGAAAGCAGCGGAAGCUAACGAGUGCCAUCGCUACUGCACAAAUAAACGGGCACAUUGAAUGAACCAGGAAAUUAUAUUUUUGACGACACGUUUGGAAUGAAACUAUCAUCGAAACUGAGCAUUAAAGACUCAAUUCACCGUUAAAUAGAAAAUUAACAUAUGUUCAAAUAAUAGUCCCCUAUUUUUCUUUCAUGUUAUUUUAAGCAGUAUUCAUUUUGAAAAGUUUCCUGUUAUAACCUGGCCAGAUCUAGUUAAAUGAAACAUGUGCAGUUCACUUUAAUCCUAUUCAAAAUCUUGUUCAAAGUUGAGACUAUUAUGCCUAUAACGGAGAACCUCAGAUGUUCUAGUGCCUUGCAAAGACACUGUAUUUCAUAUCGAAAAGUGCCUCAUAGAUUACAUAACAGUUACUACUAAUUAUAUCGAUUAUUUUCGCAACAACAGCAGAUUUAAAAUCAGAAGUAGCUACCCCAAGAAGUGCAAUAAUAGCUAUACAUGUAAUUGUAAGUAGUGCAUUAUUAGUGUACUUGUGUAUCCAACUCUAUACAUUCCAAAAUAGAGAUAAAGUUAGACCAUGUUUUUAGUUUGUAGGUUCUGUUGCAAGCAAAUGCGCCAUGUUAAAAUCAGAUUAUUUAUUUUUGAAAAGAAACUUGGCUGCUUAUUUGCUUGUCAUUAAACAGUUGAUAGCGGUUUGGAUAUCUUUUUGGAGUAAAAAAAAAAGUUUUUAAUAGUUUCCAGAACCAGAAAAGAUAUCACAUACUUGCUGAUAAUAAUUAAGAAAGAUGGAAUUAUAGGUUUUAUUCAACAUGGAGUGAGAUAAUUUGAUUGUAAAAUGGAGCUGUGUCUUAAUCAUACGAGUGAGUUAAUAAAAUCUAUUUUGCUUCUU